GUACAGUUCCAGUGUUCGUCGUGAAUAGAUCGCAUAGAAUCCGCCGGGGAACAGCUGCCUCAUCGAACCGCAACAGUGUAGGAGCGCUAAUAGCUCCAACAGCUCAGAGUGUGGUGUGUUUUUAUUAUUGUUGGGUGCUUUGCGAGGCAACAAAAUAUAGCUGCUCGUGCGGCUUGUGGAUCUCGUUGUGGCGAAUCUUUGAACCCGCUCCGCUGCACUGCCGCCGCCUACCCUGACUGGUGGUUUCCGCUUUUGCGCUGCGCGUACUUGACCUUCCCCAUCAGCGUGCGUGCACCGUUCGGAGGAGGCUGAAUUCUACGUCUGCGAAUAGCUGCGUUGGAAAACUUCCGUCUAUAAUCGAACAGUAAUCAGUCGCGAUGGACGCACAGACGGAACCGGAGGUGCCACCGGCACCGAUCAGCGAAGAACCAUUCCUGGGCCCGCUGGACAUCAUCCUGCUGGCGGUGCUGAUCGGUGGCGCCGCUUGGUACUUUUUGAAGGGCAAAAAGAAGGACACACAAACUAGCCAGUUCAAGUCGUACUCGAUACAGCCCACCACCGUCAACACGAUGACCAUGGCGGAGAAUUCGUUCAUCAAAAAGCUGCGGUCGUCCGGGCGGCGGUUAGUGGUGUUCUACGGGUCGCAAACCGGUACGGCCGAGGAGUUCGCCGGCCGGCUGGCGAAGGAGGGCCUCCGCUACCAGAUGAAGGGCAUGGUGGCCGAUCCGGAGGAAUGUGAUAUGGAAGAACUACUUUCACUGAAAGACAUCGAUAAGUCGCUGGCGGUGUUCUGUUUAGCUACGUACGGCGAGGGUGAUCCCACUGAUAACUGCAUGGAGUUCUACGAAUGGAUUCAGAAUAAUGAUGUGGAUUUUUCGGGGCUGAAUUAUGCGGUCUUUGGACUCGGCAACAAAACCUACGAGCAUUACAACAAGGUCGGAAUCUACGUGGACAAGCGACUGGAGGAACUGGGCGCUAAUCGCGUGUUCGAGCUGGGACUCGGAGACGAUGAUGCAAACAUUGAAGAUGACUUCAUCACCUGGAAGGACAAGUUUUGGCCAGCUGUUUGCGACCACUUCGGAAUUGAGAGCUCCGGUGAAGAGGUGUUGAUGCGGCAGUACCGCUUGUUGGAACAGCCAGAGACUCCAGCGGAACGGUUGUACACCGGCGAAGUGGCUCGCCUGCAUUCGCUGCAAACACAACGACCACCGUUCGAUGCGAAAAAUCCUUUCCUGGCCCCGAUCAAGAUCAACCGAGAGCUGCAUAAAGCUGGCGGGCGUUCUUGCAUGCACAUUGAGUUCGACAUCGAAGGUUCCAAGAUGCGCUAUGAAGCCGGUGACCACUUGGCCAUGUAUCCGGUCAACGAUACGGAUCUGGUGCUAAGGCUAGGAAAGCUUUGCAAUGCGGAGCUGGACACGAUCUUCUCGUUGAUCAACACCGAUACGGACAGCAGCAAGAAGCAUCCGUUCCCUUGUCCGACGACUUACAGGACCGCGUUGACACACUAUCUGGAAAUUACUGCUUUGCCAAGAACGCACAUCCUCAAAGAAUUAGCCGAAUAUUGCAGCGAAGAAAAGGAUAAGGAGUUCCUGCGGUUCAUGUGCUCGACGAAUCCGGAUGGUAAGGCUAAGUAUCAGGAGUGGAUCCAGGACAGCAGUCGUAAUAUCGUUCACGUGCUGGAGGACUUACCCUCGUGUCGGCCACCGCUGGACCACAUCUGUGAAUUGCUGCCGCGUCUGCAGCCCCGGUUCUACUCGAUUUCCUCAUCGUCAAAGUUGCACCCGACCACGGUCCACGUGACGGCCGUGUUGGUUAAAUAUGAAACGAAAACCGGUCGCAUCAACCACGGUGUCGCCACGACAUUCCUAUCGCAGAAGCACCCACUGGACGGCGAGCCAUUGCCGCGGGUGCCGAUCUUCAUCCGCAAGAGCCAGUUCCGGUUGCCGGCCAAGACUGACACGCCGGUCAUUAUGGUUGGGCCCGGCACGGGUCUGGCGCCGUUCCGUGGAUUCAUCCAGGAGCGGGAUUUCACCAAGAAGGAAGGAAAGGAAGUUGGGCAAACGAUAAUGUACUUUGGUUGCCGGAAACGGUCCGAGGAUUACAUCUACGAGGAGGAAUUGGAGGACUACGUUCAACGCGGCGUAAUUAAACUGCGGAUAGCAUUCUCCCGGGAUCAAGCGCAAAAGGUUUACGUUACGCACCUGCUGGAAGAGGACAUGGAUCUGCUGUGGAAUGUGAUAGGCGAGAACAAGGGUCAUUUCUACAUUUGCGGUGAUGCCAAGAAUAUGGCCACCGACGUGCGGAACAUUCUGCUCAAGGUGCUGCAAACCAAGGGCAACAUGAGCGAGAGUGAGGCCACUCAGUACAUCAAGAAGAUGGAAGCCCAGAAGCGAUACUCGGCCGACGUGUGGAGUUAAUCCUGUUCUACCCCCUUCCUACAACCACCUGCCGCCUUCUCCUCCCUCCCUUCCCAUUUAUUUUUGCUUCCAUUUAUUUUUCUUCCCAAUAGUGAAAAAAACUCAGGUUAAAGGCUUCGCACCCACACCCAAAUCUACGGCACCGGUUCUGUCCUGUCCUUGAUAGUGAUGUCCCCCCCGACGUGGUACAAACAGUGCUACUUGUUAUUUUAGCUAUUUUAUUUAUGGCAUUCCUGUCAUGUUGUCGUGUUUUCUUUAUUCUUCAAUUUUUUUUAAAUUUAAUUUUUUUUUAAAUUCGAUGGCUAGAGACUCACUCACAUAGCACCGCUACUACCACCACAGUAGAAGAAUUGCGUGGGACUUUUAGAGGUUUCCUUACACAUUUUCGUUAAACUAAUUUCUUUUCGAUCGACAGUGAUAAAGUUUAACACAAUUUGUAAUUGUAGGUUAGUUAUUUCUAAUUAUUUUUUUUGUAUGUUUGUGAAGGACUAAACGUGAUCCCGCUUAAGCAAUCAUGUUGAAUGUUUAGGCGAUAAAGAUUUAAGCCAGCAAUCACAAACACAGACAAAGAGAAACGAACAAAACAAAAUGGUGUUAGAGAGUAUGUACUAACAUAGCGUGAGAGAGGGUCAAUCAAAUGAAAAAAGUGCUCUAGGUAAGACAAAACAAUAUAGUUAUUAGCUUAAACGAAUGUCGAGCGGAUGUGAAUGAUGCAAUAUACUUUUUUGGAGAUAUGUAUCCAUGUAUUGUUAAAUAGUGAAAAGAAA